UGAUUCAAAACAUGAAAAAAAGUUUUGACUGAUGAAAAUGACCCAUUUGACCCCUAUUUUUCUGCAUCCGUUGAAAAAGUUUAAGAUACCCCCUCACUCGAUGACAUAAACUUAUCACAAAAAAGAAAUCAAAAUUCGAAAAAAUACAAUUUUCAAUUCCAAACAUCAAAAAAAGUUUAAAUUUAUUCAGUUGUCUUAUUUUGACCUCUUUCUGAUGUAUUUCAUGAAAAAGUUGAUAAAAAUCACAGUCAUAGCAAAAAAAAUUAAAAUACGUUUAUUUUUUGAAACGUGAUUUGUUACGUUCGUAGGAGUGUUAGAAGCUCUGUGAAAGAGAUGUUAUCUAUAAUCUAUAUAUUUUUCAUCUGGUGUAUUUUUAUUUUUAUAUAUUUUUGGUGAUUAUCGAAUUAGGUAAAUUAGGUAUGGUAUGGUACAAUAAAAAGCUUUUGAAGAGUGAUCUUUAUAUCAGCUAAAAUGAUUGAAGCGACCUUCUGGUGUGUGGUUUGCUAUAGUAGGAGUGUAAUGUAAUGUAGCGUAAGCUCACUGGCCCAGUUAUAGGUUGGGAGUUGUUUCAGAAUCAGUGGAAUACAUUUUGAAUUGCGUGUAAUUUUCGGUGUAACUCGACUGAACAAGACGUAUUUUUAUUGAAUUGUGCAAUAAUGAAAACAUUUUUUGAUUUCGGAUCUUCGCUGCUAUUUCUGCUCAUGGUUGGAGACGUUACAUUCAGCUAUGGCGCUAAAAUCUUGGGAAUAUUUCCUUUACCCUUAAAGAGUCACUUUGCUACCACUAGUGCUGUAAUGAAAAGCUUAGCAGAUGUUGGACACGAAGUUACUAUGGUUACCCCAUUUCCAAGUGAACUUUCAAAGGAAAACUUCAGUUCGAUAAUUGAUACACGAGUAUCAUACUCGUUACUCGGUAAUGUUGGUUCCCGAUCCCAUAACGAUUGCAGUAAAAAAGGAACCUACGAGUCGAUUCGCUCAGCUUCCCGAUCUGAGGAAAAUGUUUGCGAUAAAGUUUUCAAUUCAAAAGCCUUUCAGGACGAGUUACUUUUCUCGAAAAAAUCAUUCGAUGUGGUGUUUGUUGAGAUUUUUUUAUUCUACAAGUGUUAUCUUCCCAUAGCGAAAAAAUUAAAGGCUCCUGUAAUCGGUGUAGUUACAACAAAACCGUGGGAUAUCGCAGACUUGGCUAUUCAAAAUAUCCGCCAUCUGGCUGACGUACCAGAAGGAGUUUCACAUUGGCGAUUCGAUGAUUUUUACUAUCGCCUUUAUAACUUAUGGACUCACGCGGUUAGGAGGUAUGUUUGGCCAUUCGAUGUUGUCAAAGUUUUGAAUAAGUUUCAUCGAGAUAACGCGGACAAAUUGAAGCCUUAUGAAGGUUAUUUGGAUAUCGAGCCGGUGUUGAUUUUUUCCAACGGUCAUCACAGCAUUUUACCCAGAGCGAGUAAUCCAAAUGUUAUUGAAAUCGGUGGAAUACAAGUUCAACCUGCUAAACCACUGCCUCAGAAAAUUCAGAAAUUUAUCGACGAAGCUGAUCACGGGGUAAUUUUGUUCACUUUUGGAUCUAUCGCGAAAGUGAGCUCGUUGUCAGCAGAUGUUGUGAAUAUUUUCCUGGAAGUGUUCAGAAGUAUACCUCAGAGAGUACUUUGGAAAUUCGAAGGUUCCCUGCAAGAUGUACCUAAUAAUGUCAUGGUGAUGGAUUGGUUACCCCAAAGAGAUAUUUUAGAACACGUGAAUGUCAGGGCUUUCAUCAGCCAUUGUGGACUGAGUGGAAUGUACGAAGCUAUUUACACAGCCACUCCGAUCAUUUCUUGUCCAUUGAUGUUUGAUCAGCCAUCCAACGCGGCCAUUUUGGAACAUUUGGGUGUAGCUGUGCAUCUGGAUAUCGAAUCAGUUACGAAAGAUUCGCUCUUGAGUGUUAUUAAUUCGAUAUUUAAUGAUACAAGGUAUUUUAACAAAAUGCAAAGUGUAUCGCAGGCUUUCAAAGAGAGGCCAUUGACUCCGCAACAAAGUGUGGUGUUCUGGACCGAGUAUGUUAUCAAGUACAAAGAUACCCUAAAUUUAAUGCCCCCUUCGAGCAAAUUGAAUUGGUUCCAGUAUUAUUUGUUGGAUAUUUUUUCGCUGGUCGUUGGUAUUAUUGGUCUUUUCUUGUAUUUAUUAAGACAGAUUGUCAAGUUUUUGAUAAAUAUCCUCCAACGAGUGUUCAACUUGUACUUUUGUUCAAUAAAUAAAUUCGAUUAAAUGUUUUUGUUGUUUUUUUUU